AUGGGCAAUCCACAUAUUCUGGUUGUACCUUAUCCAGCUCAAGGCCAUAUAAUUCCUCUAGUGGAGAUAUCUCUGUGCUUAGCCAAACUUGGAUUUAAAAUCACAUUUGUAAACACAGAGUAUAACCAUGACCAAGUCAAGAGAAACCUACAAGGUGAUGUAGGGGUUCAGAUUAAUCUAGUCUCAGUCUCGGAUGGAAUGGAACCUGGAGAGAGUAGGAAUCAGCCGGGAAAGGCAUCUGGAGCAAUAUUGCAGGUUAUGCCAGGAAAGAUAGAGGAACUCAUCGAACGAAUUAAUGGAUCCGAGAGUGAAAAGAUCACUUGUAUACUGGCAGAUCAGAGCAUUGGAUGGGCACUGGAAAUUGCAGAGAAAAAGGGCAUCCAACGAGCUGCCUUCUGUCCUGCAGCAGCUGCGCUGUUGGUGUUGGGAUUUAGCAUCCCAAAGCUCAUCAAUGAUGGAAUUAUUGAUAACAAUGGGACUCCUACAAAAGAACAGACAAUAAAGUUGUCGCCAACCAUGCCUGCCAUGAACACCAAACACUUUGUGUGGGCUUGCCUGGGUAAUACAAGUGCACAGAAGCAUAUUUUUCAGCUUAUGGUUAGAAACAACCAGUCUAUGAAAUUAACUGACUGGCAGCUUUGCAACUCAACUUAUGACCUUGAGCCUGCAGCAUUCACGUUAGCUCCACAUAUUGUACCUAUAGGCCCUCUCCAUGCAAGCAACCAGCUUGAAAACUUAGCAGGAAAUUUCUUGCCAGAAGACUCAACUUGUUUAACAUGGCUUGAUCAACAGCCACCGGAAUCAGUUGUAUACAUUGCAUUUGGAAGUACCACUGUUUUGGACCAAACUCAGUUUAAACAAUUGGCCCACGGGCUAGAACUCUUGAACCGACCAUUCCUGUGGGUUGUUCGUCCUAAUAUUACAGAAGGAACAAAUCUGAAGGAAUUUCAAGACAGAGUCAGAGAUCGUGGGCAGAUCGUUGAUUGGGCACCUCAAAAGAAGGUUCUUGCUCAUCCUUCCAUAGCUUGCUUCAUAACCCAUUGCGGUUGGAAUUCCACCAUUGAAGGCGUGAAUAAUGGGGUCCCGUUGUUAUGCUGGCCUUACUUUGCUGACCAGUUCAUCAACCAAAGCUACAUCUGUGAUAUUUGGAGCAUUGGCUUGGGCUUUAACCGGGAUCAGAGUGGGAUCAUAACAAGCAGUGAAAUUAAGAAUAAGAUAGAGCAACUACUGGGCAACAAAAAUUACAAGGAAAGGGCAUUGGAUCUCAAAGAAAAGAUCACGAAUAGCAUCAAAGAAGAAGGUACUUCCCACAAAAAUUUCAACAACUUCAUUGAAUGGCUAAGGACAUAAGUUUUAUAUGUAUUAUUCCAACAUCUUAGAAAAUUGUAAAUGGUUGUAAGGGAAGGAAGUUACCUGCCUAUUCUGACCAUGGAUAACAGGCCACAAGGGAACAUAGUCUACUUCUGCUCCACACAUAUAUCAAACCUAGCAUUUGCAACUUUCCAAGCACAUCUAAAUUCGAUUUCUUCUGGAUAAGUCCUCUAAAAAUCUUCAAAACCAAUUUCACAUCCAUCUCCACUGCCCUAACCACGGUUGAGCUACAUAAUUACAUGCUUUGUACAAGCACCAAAACCUAACAUGUAAAUUUGAUUUUCGUAAUAGUCCAAACAAUUCUCAAUUCUCAAACAACCAAAAGAGGAAUCCAAGGGAAGGGAAGGAACAAAAACCAAAGACGCGAAGAGAUAUUGAACAAUUGGUUAAUAGAUACC